GCCGCUUUUGUGAGGAGAGAGAGAAGAAGAUCAAGAAGAAGCAGAGUAGCAGUCCAAUCACGAUAUGAAAACGGCGAUGAUGCUCAUCCGCUGCGGAUCCAUCUCUCCCCGUACUGAAAUCGCCGGAAGAUCACCGUCAGGCAUACAUGAUGUAGGCAUCGAUUUCAACCGGCGCAGCUGGAGCAUGCGGAUGUCUCUGGAUGUGAAGGAGAAGAGGGAUCUGCCGUUACCGACGGGAGCGCCGAAUCCGAUAAGGCGGGUUCGAUCCGACACCGAUCUGCUCCGAUCAACUCCUUUUAAGUCGAGAUGGUCUCCUCCGAUGAGUUUUUCGGAGGAGAAGGCCAAUCUGGUGAUGUCGAUGUCACCGGCAAUCGCGGAGGAGGCAGAGGACCUACUGUAUUCAGGAGGAGGGAUCGGAAAUGGGAGGAAGAUGGGCGGUGGCAGCGGCGGCAAAAGGGGCGGCGAAGCGAAUCGCGAAGAGGAUUCGAGGAUCGGAACCUAUUACCAGGAGAUGCUGAAGACGGAUCCUGGGAACCCGCUUCUUUUGAGGAAUUACGGUAGAUUCUUGCACGAGGUCGAAGGAGAUUUGGAGAGGGCGGAAGAGUACUACGGAAGGGCGAUCCUCGCAAGCCCAAAUGACGGCGAGUUACUCUCGCUUUACGGCAGAUUAGUUUGGGAGUCUCAAAGGGAUAGCAAACGCGCAGAGAGCUAUCACGAACGCGCUGCGGAGGCCUCUCCUGAAAACUGCUAUGUGAUGGGUUCCUAUGCUCACUUCCUCUGGGACGCAGAGGAGGAAGAAGAAGAAGACGGAGAGGAUGUGAGAGUUGCUUCAUCGUCCGCAUUCGUGGAGGCCUUCUGAUUUGAAUGGGCGGCUGUGAUUUACUUCAUCCUUCUCGAUGAUGCAAAGUGGUUAAGUUAAGUAAGAGAUUAAUGCUCUGUUAAUUAAGAGAUUAAUGGUAGGUUAAUUAAGAGCUAAUAAAUAGGAUGGAUUAGAAGAUAGGGUGUGGAAACAGAGGAGAAUGGGGCGGUGGCCUUCGCUGUUGUUUCCUUUGUCGUGUUCCUCUCCUCUUUUGCUAAUAUGUUAAUCAAUCAAUUUUAUUUCUAUACAA